CUGGGCUUCCCCAUGCCGAGUGCUGCAUGCGGCACAUGUUGUUGAUGAAUAUUGACAUUGUACGUGUUGGAAUUAGUCACCAACUAUUGGUCUUUACACCACCCAGUCACAGACGCUUGAUUCCAGCAGUUUGAACCAUUAAAUACUGUCUUAGUUUAAUGCGUGUGAGAAGGACUGGUACUAAGUCACGUGCUUGUGCUAUUGAAAUUUGUGCUUUAAUCGCUUGGCCAGGUCUCUUGCGGUGCCACACAGUUCCUGGUAUUCCUCGGGGUAGCGGCAGUGUUCCUGCAGGAAGUGUCGUUCUGUCAGGUCAUAAACUUUGCCAGCAUUUUGUUCUGCCAUUUCGUGAUGCAGUCCCACCGCAGGAAGCUUCACUAACCUGUCACGUCAGACAAGUCACAUGACCAAUCACAGAGGAAGUACCGAGCAUCAGCUGGGUUCCUCCAGAGAGCAGGGAGGGACGCACUCAACACCACCCCAUUGAUUAGGUUGAGGAUAAUGGAUGAUUCCAUAUUAACAGCAGGAUGAUUGAGCUACUUCCUGUGGAAGUAGUAUGGAUUCUGGGAGUUUUUCUGCAUAUGGUGAUAGGUGAUGGUGACAAAUGUGAAUACCAUUUUUCCUACAAGAAACAGAUGUCGGGUAACUUCAAGUCCCCGAAGUUUCCCAAGUUUUACCCCGAGCUGAUCACAUGUCACUACUACUUUGAUGCUGCCACAGAUGGUCGGAUACAAAUAGAUUUUGAUGUCUUUGAACUGGAGCCCAUGGCUAAAGAUGACACGGCGUGUCGGUUCGACUACGUAGACAUCUUCAGUGUUGAUCGGAUGGGCUAUAAGACUCUGCUGAGCCGGUUCUGUGGCUCAGAAAAGCCGGAAGCCAUCACCUCGAUCCAGUCCCGGCUGGAGAUCAUCUUCGUGUCAGACUACACCAAAACGGCUAAUGGCUUCCUCGGCCAGUACACCUUCCUUGAUGACACAUGGCAGCCAUUUGGUCCCCCCACUCAGGGUUGUGGGAGUGAAACCCUGACAGGAGCUGGGGGGGUGAUAUCAUCCCCCAACUUCCCCAGUCCCUUCCCUGGCAACACCAAGUGCACAUGGCUUAUUAAGGUCAAGGAGGGAUAUCAGAUUUUCAUACACCAUCUCGCAUUAGAUAUAGGAGAAAGUGCUCAGUGUGAUGAGAAGCACCUGCUCAUCUACAACGGGUUCGCCACCCCGGACAUGGUUCCCGAGGAGAGACUCUGUGGCCAGCUGCACAGCUACCACCCCAGCAUGAAGGAGUUCCUCUCAUCAUCCUCCAGGGUUGUGAUCAGGUUUAUUUCCACAUCUGCUAACACGGAGCGGAGUAAAGGUUUUCAGCUGGUUUGGUCGGCGGUCAGACUGCCAGAGGAUGGUACGUGCGCCCAGUUCACGUGCGCAGGCGGCCAGCACUGCUACGAGCCGGCGAUCUGCAUGCCGCUGGAGCGGUACUGUAUUGACGAGUCGCUGCACUGUGACGGGGUUCCCAACUGUGGACCAUUUGAUGACAGUGAUGAGAGAAAAUGCUUGCGUGAGAUCCUUAUAGUGGCAGCGUGUAUUGGUUUCCCGAGUUUCGCCAUCAUAGGGCUCAUAGUUACCGUGGUUUACUGUUACCGGACGAAACGGGUGAAGAAGUCCAUGUCGCAGGAACAGCCGCUAGCCAACAAGAAGCUGUCAUCACGUGACUCGAUGACGCCCACACGCAGCCAGUGCAUGAUGCACACGAGUUUCAUCGACGGUAAACCGAUAGAGGAGAGAAACUUUGACAGGGCGGACAAUGGAACUUUGCCCGUUCAUAUUGAACCCCUGAAAACUCAUCAAAAGCGUGCCUCCUAUCAUAUGAUGAAACAGAAUGAUCUGGAAGACGGUGGUGGACUCCAAGUGAUUCGUGAGAAUACUCUAUAACACAAAGCCUGCUUUUCACCCAUUCAUCUAGUCGAGGUUCAUUUGCAUUGUGCUUCCUUAGCAAAAUGGCUGCACAUAAAGAAUUCUAGAAUAUGUCAGAGUGGACAGUAUUUUCUCACAAUAAAUGUACUGUGCUCUAA